UUGGCGUAAUUAGACAGUAUAUGGAGUGUCCACCGUCAGGGAUCAAUAUGGAGUUUUGGGCACGAGACUUAGCUUUAGUAGCUUUGGGAUUAAGGAAGCUGUGGUUUAGGAUUGCAAAGUCUAAAACAGAUCAGUUAGGAAAGAAAAAGUUUAUUCUGUUAGAAAGAACACCAAGUAAGCAUCUGGUGAAAUUAUUGAACUUGUAUUUAAAGGUAAGGUUCAAUACACCAUUGGAAGAACCUUUGUUCUUGUCAAAAAUGAGAAAGAAGCUGUCUGUAGCAGCUGUUUCAGCAAUAGUUAAAUGUUUUGCUGAGAAUGCAGGGCUGCAUAGGAAAUAUACCACAUAUAGUUUAAGGAUUGGAGUGCAAUAG